UUCAGUGCGGAUUACACAGGGUUUGUUCCGUGCUGGAUUUGUUCUGGUUAUGGAUUUUCAUGUAUUUGUUAAAAAAAAAUGUAAUAUUUCACUUAAUGGUGUAUAGUUUAGAAUGAAAGCAAGAUGUUUUCUUUAAAUUCAAGUAAUUAUUGAAUCUGCAUAAUGAUUAUAUAUUACUACGUCUCAAGACGGUAUUAGAUGUUGUAGUUGUUAACCUUUGGUUGUUCUUUUACUUCGUCUUUAUAGUAGUAACAUUGCUUUUGAUAAUUGGUUCAUUUCCAAUAGAAUAAGGGCUUAGUAGGGCCGAUAAACCCGAAAAGGGGUAGACAUAGGGCCAAAAAGAUUUACAUCAAUAAUAAAUUGAUAUAAAUCUCUUUGUUUAAAAAAGGGCUUAGUCUACGAAAAUCAAAAUCUUUGGUCCAUUCCUUCAAAUGUGGAGGUAAGGUAAAAUACUCCAGAAUAUUCGAUUAGAUAUUACAAGAAAUUCUUCUUCUUCUUCCUUCCCCAUCUUCAUUUGGCUUCCGCAUUACGCGCCAAUAAGCCAGCCCCUGUCUGUAUUCUUCGGAUUCUUCGGAUUUCUUCUUCCGUCCAAAUAGUUAAGGCAACCAGCUUCUUCCAAUUACACCCAAAAUACAAGAAAUUAUAUAACCCUGUAUAAGACACUGCCCUCUGUUAAAGAAACUAUGAAAUGAUUUAUAUUAACGACUUUGACAGAACAAACCGUAAAUAAAGAUUUUUUUGAAUUACUCAACCUGAAAAUUUUUAGCUAGUUGUAUAUAUUUUAUAAUAAUUAAUAUUUGUUUGUCGCGAUGAGUGAGUUCAAGUUGCAUCAGCUGGUCACGAAUUUACUGCAGAGUUUACCCAACAAAAACACACCAGAGGAAUUGGUUGAAUUCCUCCAAAACCAUGUUGAUGUUAAUAAUCAGACCUCAUUCAUGGCUGUCCAAAGCAAUAUUAAUUAUUUGGCACAGCAAUCGAGUAACCCACAGUCUUUUGCAAUGAAAUAUGAUGAUUUAAAAAGGAAAAAUGUUGAUUCUUUGGGAUUAUUUGUGCAACUGAUUCAUUUAAUAUCUGAGGAUAGGGGAAUUAAGGAUUUUUUGGAAAGAAAUGUUAAACGUAGUUCACCUUCAUGUUCAAAUACCAAAAUGACUAAAGAUGAUUUACCACAAGUCAAGCAUCGUUUGAAGUCAGCCAAAGCUAGGAUGAGUACAAAACAUGAUAUCAGCAGCUUGUUAAAUCGGAGUGGACCUCCAAUACCAAGCACUCCUUCAGUUGCAUCUUGGGUACAAAGAAGACCCAGCAUGUCAUGGGAUUUUUCUUCAAGAACUUCAAUAACUACAUCACAUCCAAUAAACAAUAUUCCAGCCACUUCACAGGAAAAUAUCCUUAUUAAUGAUCUGCUCAACAUUCUAAUUGGAUUGCCUGCCAAUUACAUUGAAGCACAAGAAUUGAAGGAUCCUUAUGAGUCUAGGGAAUUCAUUAUCAAUGAACAUGUAGAUCCAUCCCUCAGGCAAUUAGUCAAACAAAUUCUACCUUUAGCUUCACAUUAUUCAAUAGUUCAAAGAUUUACUGAAGAGAAAAUGCGAUUUGAAUUUGGUCAAGUUAAUAAUGCCCUUGCAGAAUGUAUGUCUGCUAUCAUAGUGGAUUACACUCUUUUCAUAACUCAAUUAGAAUCUGAAUUUCAAAGUGGAAAUUUAACUUUGCAUAAAAUGUGGUAUUAUAUACAAAAGAAUUUUCAUUCAUUAGGUAUUGUAAGCGAUAUCGCUACUACAAUAAAUAAGUCUGAAUCAUGUGGAGGAAAGGUUCUGAGUUUAUUGCACGAGAAUAUUGCUGGCUAUAUCGGCGAUUCGAGAGCCCAAGAUCUCUGUGUUACUCUGAUGCAAGCUGCAUGUGUGCCUUACAUGAAAAUGCUAGGAAUGUGGAUCUACAAAGGAAUUAUCUCUGAUCCAAUUCACGAGUUUUUGGUUGAAGACAAUGAGGUCGUUCAAAAGGAAGAUAUGCCUGUUGAUUACUCUGCCGAUUAUUGGGAUAAGAAAUAUACUAUUAGGAGAGAAAGAAUUCCAAAAUUUUUGGAACCUGUUUUUGGAAUAAUAUUGAAAGCUGGCAAAUAUCUUAAUGUUAUCAGACAAUGCGGCAAGUCCCUUAGCAACAAAGUCCAAGUAAUUGAAUAUAAGAAAGAAGAGAAACAUUACAUCGAGGCAAUCAAAAAAGCUUAUAAAUAUGCUAGCGAAACUUUACUGGAUUUAGUAAUGAAAGAACAAGACUUAUUGGGCCGUUUGCGCUCUGUGAAACAUUACUUUUUGUUAGAUCAGGGUGACUUCAUCGUAACCUUCUUAACACUUUGCGAGAAGGUUUUAAGUAAAGAUGUGGCCGAUGUGGUCCAAGCCCGAUUGGAUUCUUUGCUGGAUUUAGCACUGCGCUUAUCUAGUGCAGUCAAUGAUCCUUACAAAGAUGAUCUACGAACUGAAUUAUUACAAAUUGAUUUAUUAACUCAAAUGAAGAAGAUUUUGAGUAUUGAAACUUACGAAGAACAAAAUUAUCGAUCUGUUAAGAAGUCAAAUACGCUAUUAGCUAUAGAAUCGUUUUCGUUUAGCUAUGAAGUUAGAUGGCCGCUGUCCUUGAUUUUCAACAAAAACUCAUUGGCUUGUUACCAGAUGAUCUUUCGACAUUUAUUUUACUGCAAGUACGUCGAAAGAAUGGUAUGCCAGGUGUGGAGAUCGAAUAAGGUGGCCAAAUCCUUCCCAUUGUCCGCCGCGAGGCAGUAUAGAAGCGCGUUCGCUCUUCGCCAAAGAAUGCUUCAUUGUGUGCAAAACUUGGAAUAUCACAUGAUGGUUGAAGUUAUCGAGCCGCAUUGGUGUGUCUUCCUACAGAAAAUUUCCAAAGUCAGCAACGUGGAUGAAAUCCUGGACUGCCAUAACCAUUUCCUCAAUAUGUGCCUCAAGGAUUGCAUGUUGACAAUCACGAAUCUACUUGUUAUCAUUACAAAACUGCUCUCGAUCUGUGUGUCCUUCUGUAAAUUUAUGCAGCGAACACAAAGAUACUUUGUGGAAGCCGAAUUGGGAUCAUUGCCCAAUUCAUUCUGCGAGUCAUUCAAUCAGGGUGAAGCUGUACAACAAGAUGGACCAAACGACGCAGAUACCGGUAGCUUCGAGGACAGCAUCGCCAAGUACGAUUUGGAAUUCACAGCAACUUUAAUGCAACUAUUAGACCUGAUUAACAACAUAGACAGGAAGGACAGUGAUCACGAUCGCUUGUUCAAUCUUCUAUACAGAUUGGAUUUUAAUUCAUAUUAUACUGGAAAGUUUCACAGGAUGGGACUGGAUCAUUUGAAACAAGACGCUUCUGGCUAAGUGAUCAAUAUUUUUAAUUGAUAUAGUAUACUGUUUUUAUAUUUUGUAUUUAUUAUAUUGCUAAUAAAUAGUUCCCCUUUUAAAACUU